GUGUUUGGCACGCAGUCCAACCCACUGACUGACACUUAGGGCGUUGCAAUAAAACAAACACAGAAAGAAUGGAAGGAAGCGUAAACAUGGACAGAAACCCUCACCAAACUGUAAAGCCGUCGAUUUCGCUGUGCGUUUCUCUGACGUCAUUACGCACUAACGUAAACAUCCUGCCCACACAUUCGUUGAUACAUAGAACACAUUGAUAGAACGCACGAUUGUUGGAACUGUGGUGCGUUGAUUCCAUAUUACCUCAAGAUCUUAGUCUUUUCGAUUACGUUGCAAUGUUUUCUGAAGGUAUUACACAGCGCUGCACCUGCUAAAGCGGUGGUUGCGUAUAUUCUGAAUUCACGUUAAAACAAUUGCGCAUCAAUUAAGUUGGACGAGGUUGUUUUCAGUAAAAGGACAGCCAGGCUGUCUACCUCAGCUACCAAUCACAUGUCGACGGAGGAUCUGUCCACUUCCGACAGCGAAGCUGCCUUCGCGGGAACCGGGCAGCGCUGGGCGCCCGUGGGAGCCGUGGCCAACCCGGAGGAUGAGCAGUGGAAGAGAGGCACGCAGGCUGGUUCUGUGUCGUCUAGCGAUGCAGACUUGGUAUGCAGGUUGCGGAAGCUGGAGGAUGAGCAGGAGCAGUUGAAUUCAUCGCUCCUCGCGUUAACGUCUCACUUCGCUCAAGUGCAGUUUCGGCUGAAACAGAUUGUCCACGCGCAGAGCGACGAGAAAGAGAGGAUGCUGCUGGAGCUGGAAGAGUUUGCCUUCAAAGGAUGCCCUCAUGUUAUAGGCUGCAGGACACAGGAUGCUCAGAUGCUGGAAAACUCUGAUGAAUUGAGUGAAAGAGAGAAGAGGGAACGCUUGGAAGCUCAGAGAAAGAAGCAGAAGGAGCUGAUUUUCCAGCUGAAGACUCAACUUGACGACCUGGAACGCUUCGCCUACCAGGAGGGCAGCUAUGACUCACUGCCUCAGUCUGUGGUCAUGGAGAGACAGAGGGUGAUCAUUGAUGAGCUGAUUAAGAAGCUGGAUGUGAAUCUGAAUGAAGACAUUGGAAACCUCACUCCAGAGGAGCUCCGACAGAGAGUAGACGCCGCUAUAGCUCAGAUAGUCAACCCGGCUCGAGUCAAAGAGCAGCUGGUGGAGCAGCUCAAGACCCAAAUCAGAGACCUGGAGAUGUUCAUUAACUUCAUACAGGAUGAAGUGGGGAACCCUCUGUUAAAUGAUGGUGUGAAGAGCCAGCAGGCCCAUGCUGCCGGACCAAACACUGGAGCCACUGGAGGGAUGAAGCGAGUGGAUCCCGAACAGGCCCAGAGGAUGCGGGAAACUGGGCUUCAGCUGAUCCAGAAAGCCUUAGCGGUGCUGCAGAUCUUUGCACUGAGUCAGUUCAGUUGCGCCGCGGGCCACGUGCCCCGGAACGUGUGGUCUCAGGGUGGUGAGGCUCAAGAUUACGGCCCCCUGCUGCAGAAACUUGAAGGAGCCGUGGAGCGCGUACGUCUGCAAGCCUCCCGCCAGCAGCCCAACUCUCAGGAGGAACACGUGGUCAGCUACUCUGCCUGCCUGUCGCCUGGAGGACCUUGGGAGGAACUUACCGCUUCUGUGCGUAAAGAACUGGCCUUGGCGCUCCGGGACCUGCUGGCCCACGGACUGUACGCUCCUUCCCAGGGUAUGAGCCUGGUCCUUGCCCCCAUUUCCUGCCUGCUGCCCUUCAGCUCUUCUCCCCAGACCCUGCAUCCCUGGGAACUUUUCGUCAAGUACUAUCAUUCCAAAAACGGCCAGGCGUUUGUGGAAUCGCCCGCUCGGCAGCUCUCUCAAUCCUUCAGUUUGCCUGUAGGGGGCGGUCCUGUGACAGUCACGCCCAAGCAGUCUCUGUUAUGGGCCAUCCAUACAGUUCUCAAAGAGCAUGGACGAUUCAAGCGUAGUGCGGAUUCUGAGUUUAAGGCCUUAGUCUGCAUGGCGCUCAAUGAGCAGAGGCUUGUGUCCUGGCUCAACCUGCUGUGUAAGUCUGGGACGCUCAUCCACUCGCACUACCAGCCCUGGAGCUACAUGGCCCAAACGGGCUUUGAAGGUGCCCUGUGCAUCCUGGGCCGCCUCAGCCAUCUCAAAUUCAACCUUCCUGUAGAUUUGGCUGUCAGGCAGCUUAAAAAUAUCAAAGAUGCUUUCUAAACAAAAGAAAUAUAUGGGCAAUUUGGCAGGUUGAGGAAAAAAGGGAACCCUCCCAACCCUCAUAAUCUAAAUAAUUAUGAUAAAAAUUACAAAUAUUACAAUAUAAUACUAAUAUAUAGCUUAACACAAGUUUAAAUCAAAUUAAAAGAUACUCCCAAAUCAACAAGUCCACUGGAAUUAAAAAAUUGGAAAUGAAUCAACUUGUGCACUUUCUUGAGACUCUAUGUUGCUGUUGGGUCUUGUCUCUAAACUGAAGAGGAUGAUGAUGAAGUCAGGUUUUAAUAUGCUGCAUUGGUCACAACUAAAAGGAAAUGUGCUCAGUUUAGUGACCCUGAGCGUGUAACUGCCUCCACCUUACCUUUGAGCUUGUUAAGCUUUUACCAACAUCAACCACAUUACUCUAUGUAGAAAAAUGAUUUAUUACUUGAAAUCCUUUCAAGGGCCAUUGCGUAUGUUUGAGAUGCACUACUAUAUAGUUACAAAACAGUGACAUAAUGGUUUAAUUGCAUUUUUUGUUAUAUACCUAUGUAGCCAAGUGCACUCAUUUUCUGAGCUUGUACUACAUUGGUUCACAGACAAAUCAAAAGAUCUUUUUAAUUUAAGACUGGUUUCCGUUUGCAUUAUUAAGGGUCAUUACAUUUCAAACACUGAGAUAUAGUGCAUAUAAUGUCUGGGUCUUUGCUGCUCUGUGUGUUUUUAUCGCUUUCUGAGGAGACCAUGCAUGUUGGUGAGACCUCACUUAGGUCAAUCAACACACUCAGGUCAUUCUGAACAAACAAAGACAUGCUUAUUGGUGUUUGUAAACCACUUCUCUCCUCUAACUCCUUUCCACAGUCAGUUGACACCUUAAAAAUUAUUGUAGAAAACUGCAUCUUGUGGUAGUGCUGCUCAUUCGCUGCUACAGAAGGAAAUGCACAGCAAGUGAACUGAAUUAAAUGGAGGUCAUUCAGCACAUUUGCUGAAUAUGAGUCUGGUAUGCUGUGCAUCGGCACUGACUGAAUUAUUUAUGGCCUGUUAUGCUAUGCCAGCGUUCAGAGGCUCUUCUUGAAUACCUGCUAUUUCCAUGUCUUGUCAAUCCUUGUUUACUGCUCUGAAAUAUUGAAUGUACAAUCCUUGAAAUUGUAUUCUGCUACUGUACCCGUUCUGACUCCAGAUUUCUCAUUCCUUAAACCACCCUGAAUACUGAUUUACUGAAACCUUCAUCCAGUAAGAAGGGGCUGUUUGUUACCACAUCAUGGAAAUGGAUUCAGCAUUCAGUGUAUUUCUCUGCACCAUUAGAAUAUGAAGGAAUGGUUGUGAUGCAUUUAUUAGCCCUUAUUUAAUGUAGUUUUUUUCCCACUUGCUUUUAAAAAAAAAUAUUAUUAUCAACCUGAGU